AUGGCCCAGCAUGAUUCUCUUUCCACUUCGGGGGGCCUUGGUCUUGCUAGGCUUGAAGGCCGCCUUGCAGAGAGCUUCUUUGCUCCUCAUACUCCCACUUAUGGAAGCAAGUUUCAGUUGGACGUCAGCCCGGUUCACUCCACAUCUCCAGUGUCUCAACCUAGCAACCUGAAACCGGCCACAACCUGUGCCCUGAAGCACAAAGGUUUUCUGGCCAUUGCUGCCCGUGCCUUCCAGGAAUCUGUGAAGCUUCCAGACGGCCCACCACCGGCAGUAUGGGCCCCACACAACAAAAUGCACUCAUACUAUGAAUGGCUCCUCUACAGGUUUGGCGCAGAGCUCCAGUCUAAUCUUCGCCGGCAGGGGGUUUUUGACUACCUGACUUUUCGAAACGAGUGGCUUCGUCACGGUCGGAGCAUUACAGAUAACAUCCGUGCCGAAUGGGGUCUGCAUCCACUUGGUUCGACUGCGGCAGUUAAGACAACCCUGGAGACGGAAUAUACUGAGGCCGCGGUUCGUGCUGUGGAGGCUACAGUCAAGUUUCCCACGAUGCCUCCCCCAGAAGGAUGGAGGCUUGGUGACGGUCUCCAUCCUUAUUAUGACACCAUGCUCCGCCGAUUCCAUAAUCACAUGUGCGAUAUGUUGGAGCAAUGGGGCGCUGGAUUAUUUCAAAGAAGAGCAGAAGCUAGCGAUGCUGUUGGCAGUUACAAGGAAUACAUCAUCCGCGAGUAUCGAAAAACAUGGAUCCAAAUGUUUGGUAUCCCGGACCUUAAAGUUUCUGUCGACGUUCAGCCCUCUUCUGUUAACUAA